AUGCUUGGGGAUUUUAACGAGAUCCUCAAUAAUGAUGAAAAGAUUGGAGGACCUAUGAGAUCAGAAGAAUCGUUCAAACCUUUUUGGGAUAUGUUGUCUGCAUGUAGAAUGGAAGAGCUGGAGUCAUCGGGGAUCAGGUUUACUUGGGCUGGUCAAAGGUGGAAAAAGUGGAUUCAGAGUUGUUUGGACAGAGCUUUUGGUAACAGAGAGUGGCUGAGAGUAUUCCCGGGGUCUAAUCAGAGAUUUUUGGCCAAACGUGGGUCUGACCACAGACCUGUCUUGUUAAUGAUGCAAGCGUCACAGUCAAAAAACAGGGGUCAGUUCAGAGGUGCUUUGAGUGUGUGGAAGAAAGAGAAGGACUUCAAUGCCAAAGACAAGAUUCAUAUUUUGGAAGAUCGAUUGGAGUGGUUCCAAUCAAGAAAUUACCCCUGUUGGCAUGCUAUCAGAGUGAUUAAGAAGGAGCUGUGUAGAGCCUAUAAGGAAGAAGAGCUCUUUUGGCAGCAGAAGAGUAUGGAAAAAUGGCUGAAGUAUGGGGAUCGCAACUCUAAUUUCUUCCAUGAAACGGUUAAAGCCAACAGAGAGAAGAGGAAGCUCAUCAAAUUAAAGGAUGGCAGUGGGUUGGAGCAUUGGUCAGAAGAAUCUAAGGCUCAGGUGGCUUUGGAUUAUUAUAAGGAGCUCUUCAAAUCUUCCAACCCCCCUAGCUACCAACCUGUGUUUCAGAGUAUGAGACAAAGAGUGACAGAUUCGAUGAAUCAGAGGUUAUUGGCUGCUGUUACAGAUGAAGAGAUCAGAGAUGCAGUUUUUGGCAUAAAAUCAUCAAGUGCUCCUGGCCCAGAUGGGAUGUCGGGCCUCUUCUUUCAACAAUAUUGGGGAGAAAUUGGCCCCAAAGUGUCCUUUGAAGUGAAGAGAUUUUUUGAAAGAAGAAGGAUGCCAGUGGAUUGGAACUUCACCUUUAUCUGCCUCAUACCAAAAGUACAAGAUCCGGAGACGAUGACUGACUUACGGCCGAUCAGUCUCUGCUCGGUCUUGUAUAAAAUCAUCUCUAAGAUUUUGGUGAAACGGUUGCAGCCCAUUCUUCCUGAGCUUAUCUCGGUCAAUCAAUCAGCCUUUGUGGCAGAGAGACUGAUCACUAAUAACAUUGGCAUUGCGCAUGAAGUGGUACAUGGCCUUAGAGUCAAUCCGAUGCUCAUGUACGACGGUAUGGUGGUGAAGACUGAUAUGUCAAAAGCGUAUGAUAGAGUCGAGUGGAGUUAUCUGAGGAGUUUGUUGGACGCUCUUGGGUUUGAUGCGAGAUGGAUCUCUCUGGUCAUGGAGUGUGUUUCGUCAGUUUCCUAUGUGGUGCUUAUAAACGACCAGCCUUUUGGUUUGAUCAAGCCUCAACGGGGUUUGCGCCAGGGUGAUCCGCUAUCCCCAAAUUUGUUUGUUCUUUGCACUGAGGGACUUACCCAUUUGAUGAAUUAUGCGGAAAGUGCUUCUCUCCUCUCAGGCGUAAAAUUUGCAGAAUCAGGGCCCUCAGUGAAUCAUCUCUUGUUUGCAAAUGAUAGUUUGUUCAUGUGUAAGGCGACUCAAGCUCAGGCUGUGGCUCUUCAUGAGGUGUUGAAGGUGUAUGAAAGAGCAACUGGACAAACUAUCAAUUUGCAGAAAUCGGCAAUCUCUUUUGGAGAUCAGGUGGAUUCCAUGUCUAAGCUUGCGAUUCGAGGGAUUCUUGGCAUUGAUAAUGAAGGAGGAUCUAGCAAGUACUUAGGUCUGCCUGAAUGCUUCAGUGGAUCAAAAAUUGAACUGCUGGAUUAUCUUCGAGGGAGGGUUAAUGGCAGGUUGAAUGCGUGGUACCUAAGGAAGCUAUCACAAGGGGGGAAAGAAAUUUUAUUGAAAACUUCGGCCUCUGCUCUGCCUGUCUUUGCGAUGUCAGUUUUCAAGCUUCCGAAAACGCUUUGUGCAAAUAUUUCAAGUGUGAUGGCGAAUUUUUGGUGGGGAACAGAUGCGCAUCUUAGGAAAAUCCAUUGGAUUUCUUGGGAUAAACUUUGUCUGCCAAAGGAGAGUGGAGGAAUGGGUUUCAGAGAUUUGGAGGCGUUUAAUCAAGCUCUCUUGGCAAAGCAGGCGUGGAAAGUACUUUCUGAACCUAAUUGCUUGCUGGCUCAGAUGCUUAAGAGCAUAUAUUUCCCUCGCACAGGUUUUUUGGAAGCCAAAUUGGGUGAUAGACCGUCCUUUGCUUGGAGAAGUCUGCUCUUUGGAAGGGACCUCCUCGCCAAGGGCCUGCGGAAAAGGGUGGGUGAUGGAAACUCUAUCUUUGUUUGGACUGAUAAAUGGCUGGAAGAUGAAGCGGAUGGUUUUGGCCUUCGUGCUCCAUGGAUUAAAAACUGCACUUUCAAUGUUAAUCUGAGAGCUAGGGAGCUGAUUGAUUUUCAGAGUAGAAGAUGGAACCUUCAAGCUCUUGAGGAGGUCUUCGUGCCUUCCGACAUUCAGAUCCUGAUCAAGAACCAACCGGUGGUUUCUAAGGAAGAUUUUUGGGUUUGGAAAUUCAAUAAAUCUGGAGCUUACUCGGUCAAAUCUGGUUACUGGUUGGCGGCUCUGGACAAAUCCAAAGAGCUACGAAGAGUUAUGGAGGCUCUGCCUUCGAUCAAUGUACUUAAAGCCAACACUUGGAAGGUUCAGAUGGCUCCUAAGAUUAAGACCUUCAUUUGGAAGGCUCUUUCAUGUCAGUUGUGUGGCUUUGAGGGUGAAUCAGUGAACCAUGUGCUGUUUAGUUGCCAUCUUGCUCGAAUAUGUUGGGCUCUCUCCAACAUCCCGUGCCCUCGUGGGGGAUUUAGUGUAUCGUCGAUCUAUGAGAACAUCUCAUACUUGUUGAGAAUCAGACCUGUUGGAAGGUAUGGAGCGGACUCUGUUCGAAGCUGGCCGUGGCUUCUUUGGUUUUUGUGGAAGAACAGGAACUCCUUUAUUUUCGAAGGUAAAACUUUUGAAGCUGAGGAAAUUGUUGUGAAAGCAAAUCAGGAAGCUGAGAAUGUUCCAGUUGGUUGGGUUCAGUGUGAGUUUGCGAUGGAUUGGGCAAGCCGAGGUGAGAGCAUGGGAGCUUCAUGGAUUGUAAAAGAUGAGAAAGGUAAAGUCUUGGAGCAUAGUAGGCGUGCAUUUGUGGAGGUGGGAUCAUUGACAGAGGCUAAAUUGCAAUUGUGGUUAUGGGUUCUGGAAAGUAUGAGAAGUUUGAAGAAAAAGAAGGUUAGGUUUGUUUCAUCAUUUGGGGACCUGAUAGAAGCAAUUGAAAAACCUUCCUUCUGGCCUGCUUUGCAGUUUGAGGUGGGAGAGAUCAAGAGAGAGCUGGAGGCUUUUGAAGCGUGGGAACUAAGGAUUGGGUCUUGGAAUACAAUCAGAUGUGCAUCCUUCAUUGCUCAGAGUGUGAGGAACUUAGGUCUCACUCAGUUUUAUGUAGCUGCUGGUCAUCCAAGAUGGUUGGAUCAUAUCUAUGCGAAUGACAGAAGUGCAUCUGGUGGUAAUUAA